AUGAAUUAUUGUUCGUUUAAGAAAAUCAUGACGCUUGGAUGCAUAAAUAAAUUUGUAAUAUUGUUUUAAUCGGCUUUAAAAAUUUAAUUUUAGUCGGAAAUAUAAAAUUUUAAUUAACAAAAAUAAGUUAAGAAUAAUCAGUUUUACUAAUUUCAUUCAUCUUAUUUUUUAGGAAAUGAUGUUGUUAGUAUUUUUAAAUGUUCAUUAAAAUUCUAGAUAUUUUUAUAAUGCUAUUCAAGAAAUUCUUAAGAAUUUUAAUAAUUAUUACAAAAGCUUUUACAUUCUAUGGGUUCAAAACCAUGCUGUUGCGAAUCUCCUAAAACCUAAUUUUCAGAAAUCAACAUCAUUAUUCAUUAACUUAGCCAAGAAAUAAGGUUACCUAAUUGUAAUCCUCCACAAAAACCGGUACCAUUGUAAAUGAUGAAAUCCCUGAAACAAGAGGACGAUUUUGGAUUUUUUUUGGUGAUGGAACAAUACGAACGCUUGUUGAGAAAACAAAAUCCGAGAAUUAAAUCCGCCUCACCUUCUUGGUAAAUUUAAACAGAAACAAAAGACUUUACAACUACAUACAAUUAAAAAAAACAUUAAGGAAACCUUGAUUACUAAAAGUCAAGAUCGUUCUCUAACACAAAGAUAUCAACGGCAAGUUAAAAAUCGACUAUUAAAAGUAUAUUGAAAAAGAGGUCAACCCAAAAUUAAAUAUCAUGCAAACAAGAAACUUCCGUAACUCAUAGAUCGUUUAAAUUUGUGCAUUUUGAUCAAGUUUUGAGUUCAAAAAAUGCUGUUCAAGGGUAAUUAAAAAUAGGCUUAAAAAAACAGAUGUUUUUGAGAGCCGACAAUUGA